AACACAACACAACACAACACAAAAAAUCCAACCCAAGAACCACAGUGAGAUCUUUCUCAGAAGACAAAAAUGGGAACAGCGUCGUCUAAGUCUAACAUCAACCUCUCGCAGGUCCUCAACACUGAGGAGCCGUACAGCUCCGUGAUGCUGGCCGUCGCUGCUCUCUUGGCCGUUGUAUGCUACUUAUGGAUUCAGGGGAAGUCCAAGUCCAAAAAGGAACCUCCACUGCCUCCGGGACCUUGGCCACUUCCUAUCGUCGGAAACCUCCCGUUCCUAAACUCUGACGUCCUCCACACGCAAUUCCAAGCCCUAACCCUAAAAUAUGGCCCUCUCAUGAAGAUCCACCUCGGUUCCAAACUUGCGAUCGUCGUCUCUUCCCCUGACAUGGCUCGCGAGGUUCUCAAAACCCACGACAUCACUUUCGCCAACCACGAUCUCCCUGAAGUCGGAAAGAUCAACACUUACGGUGGUGAAGACAUCCUCUGGUCUCCUUACGGUACCCAUUGGAGGAGACUUCGUAAGCUCUGCGUCAUGAAGAUGUUCACUACCCCAAGUCUCGAAGCUUCCUACUCCACUCGCCGGGAAGAAACCCGACAAACCAUUGUCCACAUGUCGGAAAUGGCUCGUGAAGGAUCACCAGUCAACCUCGGAGAGCAAAUAUUUCUUUCCAUUUUCAACGUCGUGACAAGAAUGAUGUGGGGCGCCACUGUUGAAGGAGACGAGAGAACGAGCUUAGGAAACGAGCUCAAAACCCUAAUAUCUGAUAUCUCCGACAUAGAAGGGAUUCAAAACUACUCAGAUUUCUUUCCGUUGUUCUCAAGAUUCGAUUUCCAAGGAUUGGUUAAGCAGAUGAAAGGCCAUGUGAAGAAGCUUGAUCUCUUGUUCGAUAGAGUUAUGGAGAGUCACGUCAAAAUGGUGGGAAAGAAGAGCGAAGAAGAAGAAGAUUUCUUGCAAUACUUACUUAGAGUUAAAGAUGAUGAUGAGAAAGCUCCUCUGUCCAUGACUCAUGUCAAGUCUCUCCUCAUGGAUAUGGUUCUUGGUGGUGUCGACACAUCGGUUAACGCAUCCGAAUUCGCCAUGGCAGAGAUUGUGAGCAGACCGGAAGUGUUAAACAAGAUCCGACUAGAACUUGACCAAGUUGUUGGCAAAGACAACAUCGUUGAGGAAUCACAUUUACCUAAGCUUCCUUACCUACAAGCGGUUAUGAAAGAGACUCUUAGGCUUCACCCUACGCUUCCUCUUCUUGUUCCUCACAGAAACAGCGAAACCUCGGUGGUUGCGGGAUACACUGUGCCUAAAGACUCCAAGAUUUUCAUCAACGUUUGGGCGAUUCAUAGAGAUCCUAAGAAUUGGGAUGAACCAAACGAGUUCAAACCUGAGAGGUUUUUGGAGAAUUCGCUUGAUUUCAAUGGAGGUGAUUUUAAGUAUUUGCCUUUUGGGUCAGGAAGGAGGAUUUGUGCGGCGAUAAACAUGGCUGAGAGACUUGUUCUGUUCAACAUUGCUUCACUUCUUCACUCUUUUGAUUGGAAAGCUCCUCAAGGACAGAAGUUUGAGGUUGAAGAGAAGUUUGGUCUUGUUCUUAAGUUGAAGUCUCCACUUGUGGCUAUUCCUGUUCCAAGGUUGUCCGAUCCAAAACUCUACACAGCUUAAGUAAGAAGGAUGUUGAAUUGAGUUUUCUUGUUUAAAGUUUACUUUUCUUUAUCUGUGUCUGGAGUUUUGAUGCUUUGUAUAAAAGAUGUGUCAAGUUACAUUUUUGAUAACAUUUAAUAUAACAAAGUUUUACUUACAAUAAUAACGCCUAAUAGUCGAUGCCAAAGCUAUAAAACUAUAUUGUAGUUAUAUUUUUGGCAAGUCG